GAGGAGGAGGGAGGAGGGAGGAGAGAGGGACCCGCCCGCCAAGCCCCGGCUGCCCAGCAUGUGUGGCCGCAGGCAUCCGACGCUGCCGCUGUCCCCCGGCUGAGCCGCGCCCGGGUGUCCCGGACGCUGCGUGAGCCAGUGUGUGUGUCCGCGCCGGUGAGCGCCCCGCCGCGCCGGCCCUAGCCUCUCGCUCGCUCCCGGUUGCUGCGGUGCAUGUUCGCUUCCUGCCACUGUGUGCGGAGAGGCAGGAGGACCAUGAAAAUGAUCCACUUUCGGAGCUCCAGCAUCAAAUCGCUCAACCAGGAGAUGAAAUGCACCAUCCGGCUGCUGGACGACUCGGAGAUCUCCUGCCACAUCCAGAGGGAAACCAAAGGGCAGUUUGUUAUCGACCACAUCUGCAACUACUACAGCUUGCUGGAGAAGGACUACUUUGGCAUUCGCUAUGUGGAUCCAGAGAAGCAGCGGCACUGGCUUGAACCUAACAAGUCUAUCUUCAAGCAAAUGAAAUCUCAUCCACCAUACACCAUGUGCUUUAGAGUGAAAUUCUACCCACAUGAACCCUUGAAGAUUAAAGAAGAGCUCACAAGGUACCUUUUGUAUCUGCAAAUUAAAAGAGAUAUUUUUCAUGGUCGACUGCUGUGCUCCUUUUCUGAUGCUGCCUACCUGGGUGCCUGUAUUGUUCAAGCUGAGCUUGGUGAUUAUGAUCCUGAUGAGCAUCCUGAGAAUUACAUCAGUGAGUUUGAGAUCUUCCCCAAGCAGUCACAGAAGCUCGAAAGAAAAAUCAUGGAAAUUCAUAAAAACGAACUCAGAGGCCAGAGCCCACCAGUGUCUGAAUUUAACUUACUCCUGAAAGCUCACACUUUGGAAACCUAUGGGGUGGAUCCACAUCCAUGCAAGGAUUCAACAGGCACAACGACGUUUUUAGGAUUCACUGCUGCAGGCUUUGUGGUAUUCCAGGGAAAUAAGAGAAUCCACUUGAUAAAAUGGCCAGAUGUCUGCAAAUUGAAGUUUGAAGGGAAGACAUUUUAUGUAAUUGGCACCCAGAAGGAGAAAAAAGCCAUGUUGGCAUUCCAUACUUCAACACCAGCUGCCUGCAAACAUCUUUGGAAGUGCGGGGUGGAGAACCAGGCCUUUUAUAAGUAUGCGAAAUCCAGUCAGAUCAAGACAGUGUCAAGCAGCAAGAUAUUUUUUAAAGGAAGUAGAUUUCGAUAUAGUGGUAAAGUUGCCAAAGAGGUGGUAGAGGCGAGCUCCAAAAUCCAGAGGGAGCCUCCAGAGGUACACAGAGUCAGCAUUACUCAGAGUCGCAGUUCCCACUCCUUGAACAAACAGCUCAUCAUUAACAUGGAGCCCCUGCAGCCCCUUCUUCCUUCUCCCAUUGAGCAAGAAGAGGAACUUCCCCUGGGUGAAGGUGUUCCAUUGCCUAAAGAGGACAUUUCUGCUCCCCUGAUCUCCAGCUCGCCAGUAAAGGAAGCUCGAGAGUAUGAAGAUCCCCCAAGUGAAGAAGAAGAUAAAAUAAAAGAAGAGCCCUUGACCAUCUCUGAACUAGCAUACAACCCAAGUGCCAGCCUGCUCCCCACCCCUGUUGAUGAUGAUGAGAUUGACAUGCUUUUUGACUGUCCAUCUAGGCUUGAGUUGGAAAGAGAAGAUACAGAUUCAUUUGAGGAACUGGAAGCAGAUGAAAAUGCCUUUUUGGUUGCUGAAGAAGAGGAGCUGAAGGAGGCUCGUCGAGCUUUGUCAUGGAGUUAUGACAUUCUGACCGGCCAUAUUCGGGUGAACCCACUGGUCAAGAGUUUUUCCAGGCUUCUUGUGGUGGGCCUGGGACUGCUGCUCUUUGUAUUUCCCCUGCUCCUCCUCCUUUUGGAGUCAGGUAUUGAUCUCUCCUUCUUAUGUGAAAUCCGCCAGACACCAGAGUUUGAGCAGUUUCACUAUGAGUACUACUGUCCCCUCAAAGAGUGGGUGGCUGGGAAGGUCAACCUCAUUCUCUACAUGCUGGGUUGCUCAUGAGGUUAAUAUCUUAUAAAACUAAGGGCUAUAUUCAAUACUAGUGAUUUUUUUUCAGUAGAUGACUGGUUCUGAAUGGACAUGGGGUUGCCAACAGAUGUUCCUUUCUCAUAAUUGAUCAUUCAAACCCUCCAUUAGCUUUUCAUAAUUAAAUGCACUUAAAUCAAAGAUAGAUAUUUUACUUACGGGUCAGGAAGAUGACCUUUACAUAACCAAAAUAUGUUUAUUUUAAGUGUAGACAACUAUUAUAAUGCAUAAUACAUUGGACUGAAUAGAUUUCCCUGUUUUUAAUAGUUGGUACCAUCACAAGCUAUAAGGUUCAGAAUCAGAAUUUUAGUAAAAACCUAAGGGAAAGUUUUUGAAUAUAAUCCUUAGUGAAAAAUGAUGUCCUCUAACCAAUGCCUAUACAACUAAAUUUAUGCUGGGCUUUCUGUUUUGUUUUUUUAAAACUAUUUUUAUGUGUUCAAACUAUUUUGGUAAAUUUUUAGCAAAAAAAAAAAAAA